CGAGCUAUUCCCGAGCACGAGCCACUAAGGCACGUAACAACAACCAAGCACACUACAUAGAGACGUUCCACCGCAACAGACAGUACCUCGACAUCUUGCGAGCCCCGCAACAUCGACACAGAUACGAUACAACACCGCAGCAACAUUGCAAGACUCAAGGAGGAAGCUGUUCAAAAUGGAAGAUUCGAAGCCCUUCAUCUUCUACGACAUCGCUUCGUCACAUGAGCCACGCUCUUUCGCGCCGAACCCCUCCAAAAGUCGCUUCGCACUGUCCUUCAAGCGGGUGCCAUUCAAGACAGCUUUUUUUGACCUUCCAGAUAUUCCCAAUGUCCGCCAGGGUCUUGAGUGCCCAGCCACGCGUAAAUUUCAUGACGGCUCCGACUACUUCACCCUGCCUAUGCUGCAAGACCCCUCAGGCAAGAUGAUCGGUGACAGUUUCGAUAUUGCCAAUUAUCUUGAGGACACGUUCCCCACUUCAGGCGGCCAGCUCUUCCCAUCAAAUUCAACUCGCACUGGGCUUGACUAUGAGAGCCCUCAGAAGGAUCAGACAAUACUCAUACCUUUGACUACCAACGAAGGCGCAAAGAACGAGGACUAUGCUCGCUUCAAUUGGCAUGUUGAUGCGACAUUCACCGCACAUGUGGGACUUGUCGCGUACUAUAUGCCUUUCAAGCCUGAAGUGGAAGAGGUCACGAGGGCAAUCUUCCUCAAGCGCGCAAAUCUGGAUUCCUGGGAACAGUUCUCCAUCCAGGGCGAAGCGAGAGAACAAAUCCAAGCGUCAUUCAAGGAGUCGCUUACCUCCUUGGCUCAGCUGUACACAGUGCACGAAGACGGUCCAUACCUCGAGGGCAAGGAGGCCAACUAUGCUGAUAUAAUCGUGGGAGGUUGGCUAAACAUGCUCUUUGAAUGCAUGCCAGCAGACGAAUGGAAAGAUUUCAAAACGUGGCAUGGGGGGGUGUUUGCUCGACUGCUUGAUGCAUUGCACGAGAGCCACUAUGUGUGCAAGUAGAGCCCCAGAAAGUUCGAUGACUGAGUUGCGAAUUCUUCUUUCCAUUCAGUUUACAACAAGGCGAGUUAGCAAUGAUGGGCCAUGGUUUGACGGACAG